CUCCCUCUCUCUCUCUCUCUGAGUGUCCAGGUGUCAGAGCUCAGUGUGUCGGUGGGAUGCAGCGUCUCAUCUCAUCACAUUAAUGGACAGCGGAGCUCGGAGCUGCCGCAGCGCGCCACGGCGACACUACAGCUGAGAGAAGAAGAGACCACACUCCCGCCUUUUAACUCCUCCUGGACUUCAGAUACACUUAAGGAUAUAUACUUCUUCACACUUCCUCUUCAUCAUCUUCUUCUUCUCUUUUUCAACCCGUCAGAGAGCAGCACCAGUAGUGUUCAAUGCGCCACCAUGCUCAUCAUCUCGUCCCGCAGCGCGCUGCUGUCCGUCUACUACCCGCAGAUCUUCCUCAUCCUCACCAGCGGUAGCUACCUGGCGCUGUCCUCCGUGGUGGCUCUAGGUGCGAACAUCAUCUGCAACAAGAUCCCGGGACUGGCCCCCCGUCAGAGAGCCCUCUGUCAGAGCCGCCCGGACGCCAUCAUCAUCAUCGGCGAAGGCGCCCAGCUGGGCAUCAACGAGUGUCAGUACCAGUUCCGCUACGGCCGGUGGAACUGCUCGGCCCUGGGGGAGAGGACCGUCUUUGGACAAGAGCUGAGAGUAGGCAGCAGGGAGGCAGCGUUCACUUAUGCCAUCACCGCAGCCGGAGUCGCCCACGCGGUGACCACGGCUUGUAGCCAAGGCAACCUCAGCCAGUGCGGCUGCGAUCGCGAGAAGCAGGGCUACCACGACCAAGAGGAGGGCUGGAAGUGGGGAGGCUGCUCGGCCGACGUUAAGUACGGCGUGGAGUUCUCGCGGCGCUUUGUUGACGCCCGCGAGAUCAGGAAAAACGCCCGCCGGCUGAUGAACCUGCACAACAAUGAGGCGGGGCGAAAGAUCCUGGAGGAGAGGAUGAAGCUGGAGUGUAAAUGUCAUGGCGUGUCCGGUUCCUGCACAACUAAGACCUGCUGGAUCACCCUCCCAAAGUUCAGAGAGAUCGGUUACAUGCUGAAGGAUCGCUACAGCGGAGCGGUUCAAGUGGAGCCGGUCCGGGCCUCGCGCCUCCGCCAGCCCUCCUUCCUACGACUCAAAGAGGCCCGGGGCUACCAGAAGCCCACGGACACGGACCUGGUGUACCUGGAGCGCUCGCCCAACUACUGCGAGGAGGACACGGCCACGGGAAGCACGGGGACACGGGGGAGGCUGUGCAACGGGACCUCGGGCCACACGGACGGUUGCAAUUUGAUGUGCUGCGGCCGGGGUUACAACACGCACCACUACACGCGCAUCUGGCAGUGCAACUGCAAGUUCCACUGGUGCUGUUUUGUCAAGUGCAACACGUGCAGCGAGAAAUCGGAAGUUUUCACCUGCAAGUAGGGAACGGGGGAAGCGGAGGAGAGGCUGGGAAGAACGGACAACGGUUGAUGGUAAGAGGAUGAUGACAAAGUGGAAUUUGAAGUGAAGGACUUGGAAGUAUUUAUUCAACAAUUUGCACAUUUUUACAUCCUAUUUUGGAAUUCUUUAAAGAAAGAAAAAAACAGACAUGAGCUUUGGAGAGAUUUUGAAAAAACACUUUUUUUUUGCGCGCUGGUACAAAACUGUGACAUGAUGCAGACAUGAUGCAGACAUGAUGCAGACAUGAUGCAGACAUGAUGCAGACAUGUCGCAGGUGAAAGGAUUCACUCUUUUUGCCUCAAGCGAAGCAAUAUUUGGAAGACAACAUCUUGCAAAGAUGUAGCUUACGGAUGUCACGCACAAGAGGAAAAAAAAACAACAACCAGGACUGUUGUUGGAUCUUGAGAAGACUUUUGUAACAACGCUAACUGGAAAUGCUCUAAGCGCUUCAGGCAGCCAUGACAGAAGACUGAAAGAUGGCAGUGGACUACUUUUAACUGUACGCUCACACUGUAUUCUGUUUGAACACUGAAAAUAAAACAAAAUUAUUUAUGUAAAAAAUAUCUUAUCUUAUAGGAUGGAUAGCAAACUCAAUUACUCUGUAACAUUUUUCCUCUCUUUUUAUGAUCUUCAAUUGCUACUGAUACAUUUCAAGCUGGGAGGAAGUGAUUUUUAGUCAUAUGGAGUUGCAUUAACUGCCACUAAACUCUAUUUAUCAGUUGUCGGUGACGUAUUUUGCUACAGAUUUUUCUUUUGCACUCACAUAGUCACAUUUCUUUCUGUUUUUCAUCAGUAAGUUGUGUUGUCGAGCGCUGAGCCGACAUCUCUCUCAUGGACAAAUUCCCCCUCCGAUCCCAGACCCUUUUGUUACGCCAAGAGCCGAAGAGGCAGAAAAAAACUCCCAAACUAUUUUAAGCAUCCAACUUGUCAACUUGUUUGAACGGCACUUUCCACCCUGACCGUGUUCAUUGUUUUGUUUUCGAGGGGGGACUUCUGAGAAAAGCAUGUGUGAGCCUCAUUGGAACGCCAUAGAGGUGCAAUCAGGUUCAGAAACAUCCAACAUUCCCAUGAACGGCAGAGACGUGGAAUUCCACAUGAUGGCCUCUGCUUACACAAGGCCUUCCAGCGCGGUUUAGGCCUGCCUGGCUGGAUGGCAUGUGCCCUAAACCACACAGAAGGGGGUAUAUGAGAGGAUCAAAAGGCCUCAAAAAGCUAUUUUUGGACAGCACCCUUAAUGUAUUCAGAAAUGUUUAUUUAGGCUUUAUAUAACUUACAAAACAAUUUGAAGAGUAUAUUUUUAUAUGAGGAACGUGGCACUUUAUGUCAUUUAUAGAUGGAAAAGGAAGUCACUAAAGUGUUUUCUAAUGUCAUUGUAUUCAGAUUUGAGAGCUAUAAAUUAUUUGGAAUUAAAUUGUAAAUACUCCACGUUGUUUUUGAUCAAAGUAGCCCAGAUUUGUCCAUCUAGAUACGAUCCUUCACAAUUCAACGUAGCCGAGUGAUUCAUCACGUGUUGGAAAAGUCCAGGAAACCACUGUUUAAGUAUUUGAUUAAAUGCAUGGAAUUGCGAGUAGAUAAUAUACGUUGGGAGCAACCAACUAGUUGUGCAGCUUUAGAUCGAAGAGAUUUCUGUGUUUCAGGAACAACUCAUUGCUUCCUAAAAGUUAGGAAUAGUUGUAACUUCCAAUACAGCUAAUUUUAUUUGUCACUUACAAACAUGGUGUUUUUUCUUUUUUACCAAUAAAAUUUGAACAUCCUUUAAA